AUGGAUGCAUCAAAUUUUACAAAAUGGAUCGAAGAGAAAUUGAUACCGAAUCUUCCACCCAACGGUAUCAUUGUCAUGGACAACGCACCGUACCACAGCAAGCAGGUGAAUAAGCCGCCAAAUUUCAGUGCACGUAAAAACGUAAUGCAAAUGUGGCUGCAAGAACACAACAUCGAAUUUGACGAGAAAAUGACAAAAAGAGAACUGUAUAUGUUAAUUAAAAGACAUAAGCCCGAGAAGGUAUAUUUCAUCGAUGAAAUAUUUAGAUCUCAUGGACAAGAGGUAUUACGUCUGCCACCCUACCAUUGUGACCUUAACCCAAUUGAGUAUGUUUGGAAUUUGAUGAAGCAAACGGUGGCAGACAAAAAUGUAGACCAAUCAGAAAAAGAUAUAGAAAGACUAACAAAGGAAGCGAUACAGAGUAUAACCCCAGAAGAUUGGAAAAGAGAAUGCAACCAUGUCGAUCGCUUAAGAGACAAGUUUUGGCAUGCUGAUAGAUUGUAUGAACUUGAGGAACAGGAAUUAGUAAUUUCAUUAGGUGGAGAAGAUAGUGACAACGAAAGUGAUGACAACAUUUUCAGCGACAAUGAAGAAUUUGACAACAACGACAGCGAAACAAUGUCUGGUGUUGAGGCUUUUUAA